AUGUCGACUAUUCAGAAUUUAAAUACCACUCAAGAGCAAUCUGGGGACAACGACACUCAAGAGGAGGGUCUGGUGCACAUUCGCCUGCAGCAGCGUAGCAGCCGAAGGAUGAUCACCAUCGUGCAGGGCCUGUCCGAGAUCUUUGACCUCAAGAAGAUUGUGCGCGCAUGCCGGAAGGAGUUCUUGUGCGACGGCACCGUCACCGAUGAACCGCAGCAGGGGCAGCUCAUAAAGCUGAAGGGGGAUCAGCGCGAGAACAUUUGCCAGUGGCUGAUCGACACGGAGAUCUGCAAGCCCGAGCAGCUGAAGCUGCACUGAAGA